AAAUGAGCAAUGAUUAUAAUUACAUGUUUAAGUACAUAGUCGUAGGCGAUACAAGUAAAGAAAUGAAUAAACCUAUUAAAGAUGUCGGGAAAUCGUGUUUAUUGUUGCAAUUCACAGAAAACAAAUUUUGUGAUCAUACAGAGAGUACAGUGGGUGUAGAGUUCGGCUAUAAAACCAUAAAGAUAAAUGAUUAAUAGAUAAAGCUGCAGAUUUGGGAUACAGUAUUAUAUGUUGAAUAGAAUUUGAUAGGCAGGACAAGAUUCAUUCAAAUCGAUCACAAGAUCAUAUUAUAGAGGGGCCAUUGGAGGAUUACUUGUAUUUGAUUUUAGUAGAAGAUCAACGUUUGAAGACAUUAAAAAGUGGUUAAAAGAAAUAAAGACUUUUUCUUGUGAUAAGAUUGAAUUAGUACUUGUUGGCAACAAAUCAGAUAUUCCUAAAAAAGAUGUGACAAUUGAGGAAGUGGAAGAAUAUGCAUAAUAAGAGAAGUUAGAUUUUUAUGAAACUUCAGCAAAAACAGGGAAGAAUGUUGAUGUUGUCUUCGAGAGUGUAGCAAAUAAAAUUUUAAGAAAAAUCGAAACAAAAUAAAUUAAUUUAGAUGAUUAAGUACAUUUGUUCCAUAAAAAUAGAUGUUAGGAAUUAAGGUUAAUUUUAAUGGAAAAAUGAGGAAAAAAAGUAAAUCUCAAAGUAAUCAAUCUCCUUAUUACAAUAUAACACUGAAUGGCAAAUAAAGCGAAUAGGAGAAGAGUGAAAAAAAAAGUUGUUGUUGACUAUUUCUUAAUUUUGUAAUUUUUGAUAUUUA